UCUGGGCGGAUUAAAUGAUUUUAAAAGUGCUGCUGGUGGGAGGGGGCGGCUAAGAAGCCCCCCUCCUGGCAUAAAUCCCCUGACUCCCGCGCAGAGGAGGAGGCGGGGGCCGAGCCGACGCGAGGCGCGCAGGGCGAGCGCGGGCAGGGCGCGGGGCGCUGGUCCUCCAGUCCUCCGGCGGCUGCUGUGGCUGCUGUGGGCACCCGGCUCGGCUCGGCUCGCCACCGCCCGGGCGGGGGCAGUCGGAGAGCCGGGGCGCUGGUCUACCCGGCCGGACCGAGCCCCAGAGCCGACUCCAGGGACCCGGCUCUGCAGGUGGGGACCCGGAGUCUGGAGGCCGACAGCCGGGCGCGCUGCCCCAGACCCGGACCAGCGCCUCGGAGACCCGCAGGGGGCGCAUUUCUGAGCGUCCUCUCCACCCCUCGCCCCGUGCGGGUCUGGGGGUGAACCCCGCGUCGCGAAGGAGACGUGGAGCGCGGCGCCACUCCCUGGGGACGCCUGCGGCCAGGUGGGGGCACCCCGGGGACGCCAGGAGCUGCACCCCCGCGCUCGCAGCGCGCCCCGGCCCGCGUCCCAGCCAGCGCGGCCGGAAGAUGGUCAACGACCGGUGGAAGACCAUGGGCGGCGCUUCCCAACUUGAGGACCCGCCGCGCGACAAGCCGCAGCGGCCGAGCUGCAGCUAUGUGCUGUGCACAGUGCUGCUGUCACUGGCAGUGCUGCUGGCUGUGGCUGUCACUGGCGCUGUGCUCUUCCUGAACCACACCCACAUGCCCGGCACAGCACCCCCGCCCGUGGUCAGCACCGGGCCGGCAGGUGCAAACAGCGCCCUGGUGACCGUGGAGAGGGCCGACAGCUCUCGCCUCAGCAUCCUCAUCGACCCACGCUGCCCAGACCUGGCCGACGGCUUCGCCCGCCUGGAGGGUGCCCAGGCGUCGGUGCUGCAGGUGCUGACUGAGCACCAGGCCCAGCCACACCCAGCCAGCCAACAGGAGCAGGAAUUACUGGCUACUCUGGCCGACCAGCUGCCCCGGCUGCUGGCCCAGGCCUCAGAGCUGCAGGUGGAGUGUGCAGGGCUGCGGAAGGGGCACGGAGCCCUGGGCCAGGGCCUGACUGCCCUGCAGAGUGAGCAGGGCCGUCUCAUUCAGCUCCUUUCUGAGAGCCAAAGCCACAUGGCUCACCUGGUGAACUCUGUGGGAGACGUCCUAGAUGUCCUGCAGCGGGACCGGGGGCUGGGCCGGCCCCGGGUCAAAGCUGACCUUCAGAGGGCACCUGCCAGGGGACCUAGGCCCCGGGGCUGCGCCAACGGCUCCCGGCCGAGAGACUGUCUGGACGUGCUGCUGAGUGGGCAGCAAGAGGACGGCGUGUACUCCGUGUUCCCCACACACUACCCUGCCGGCUUCCAGGUCUACUGCGACAUGCGCACUGAUGGUGGCGGCUGGACGGUGUUCCAGCGGCGGGAAGACGGCUCUGUGAACUUCUUCCGAGGCUGGGAGGCCUACCAGGAUGGCUUCGGCAAGCUCACUGGGGAGCACUGGCUAGGGCUCAGGCGGCUGCAUGCCCUGACCACGCAGGCAGUCUACGAGCUGCAUGUGGACCUGGAGGACUUUGACAACGGCACAGCCUAUGCCCACUACGGCAGCUUCGGGGUCGGGCUGUUCUCCGUGGACCCCGAGGAAGACGGCUACCCACUCACAGUGGCGGACUACUCAGGCACUGCAGGGGACUCCCUCCUGAAGCACAGCGGCAUGAGGUUCACCACCAAGGACCGCGACAGCGACCACUCAGAGAACAACUGCGCCGCCUUCUACCGCGGCGCCUGGUGGUAUCGCAACUGUCACACGUCCAACCUCAACGGGCAGUACCUGCGCGGCGCGCACGCCUCCUACGCCGACGGCGUCGAGUGGUCCUCCUGGACCGGCUGGCAGUACUCGCUCAAGUUCUCGGAGAUGAAGAUCCGGCCGGUCCGAGAGGACCGCUAGCCCCGCCUGCCCGCCCGCUUGCCCGCCCCCCGCCCGCGCAUGGCUGGCCCACCGACCUGCAAACAACCCCCUCACCUCUGAGGUUUCAGACUCUCAGCACUGUCCCCAACCCACCCCCAGUCUGCCUCUGUUGGCGGGGAGGGGGGGAGGCCAACUCCAGGACCCCAAAUCCGACGUCGACUCGGGGCUCAGUCUGCCCGCAGCCCCUUCGCUUUGCAGCCCGAGCACCCACCCCU